GUCCCCAUUCUCAGACCAAGCAAUUAUUUUUACUUCACAUCUAUACAAAGGAAAACAAUUUGGCAAAUAGCGGCACAAAGAUUCCGGAUACCGAAAUCAGAAAUGAAUGCUAGUGCUACAGUGGGAGUGGGCACUUGCCUCUCGACCUCCAAGCCAUUGAGCAUUGGCUUGACCCCAGUUCCUAUCUGUUUGCUUCGGAGGAGGAGGAGGUGUUUGAUGAUUGGGGCGGAGACGGAGGUGGAGCUAGCCGCGUCGGAGGCCCAACCCGCAUCUCGCCGCCUCAUUCUACUUCGCCAUGCCAAGAGUUCUUGGCAACAUCCGUCUUUGCGAGAUCAUGACCGCCCUCUCAGUAAAACCGGACGAGUUGACGCUGUAACGGUUUCUCGAAAGCUCCAACGUAUGGGUUGGAUCCCUCAGCUUAUUUUGUGCAGUGAUGCCCUGCGGACCAGGGAAACACUUAAUAUCAUGCAGGAAGAGGCGCGUGGUUUCCUGGAAGCGGAGGUCCAUUUCAUUUCUAGUUAUUAUUCCAUUGCAGCCAUGGAUGGUCAGACUGCUGAACACCUCCAACGAACUAUAUGUCAUUAUUCAAGGGAUGAAUUAUUCACCAUUAUGUGUAUGGGGCAUAAUAGGGGAUGGGAAGAGGCGGCCUCCAUGUUCACUGGUGCUUCCGUAGAGCUCAAGACUUGUAAUGCUGCUUUGCUUGAAGCUCCUGGAAAAUCAUGGGAAGAGGUUGUAGUUCCCCUCUUCAUAAACUAUUCUCAGCAUUUGCUGUAGCAGGAUAUGGUGGGUGGAAGCUUCAAGGCAUAGUGACACCCAGUAGUAACCUGUAGAGCAUAGACAUUCCAAAAUUUUUGAACAAAUCUAAUCCCCCUCCCCUCUCUGUUCUCCCUGCAAGGAAAAUAGAAAAUUUUCAAAGUGGCAAUAGCUAGAGAAAGAGUUGCUAUAUAUGGUAUAAACCAGGUUCCAGUUCCUACAGAUCUGUCGUUUGCACUUUGCAGGUAGCAGCUGUUGAAAUCUACCUUGAUCGAAACAUUGCAGUUCCAGUUUGCACAGGUUUCAGUAUGUCGAAUUGAUGGGUGGCCAUGUUGAAACAGUUGGGGUCAUUUGGUAGCUUCAUUAUAUUCCACACACAAAAGGAGAUUCUGCAACUCUAUUUUCGGUUAAGACGGAUUUCCUGAUGCAAUACUGUCGUAGUGUAGCAUGUGAUGAAACUGAUUAUGUGAAACAAUUACUUGAAAGAGUUUUGACUCUGUACAAAGGUAAUUCUACACGGAAGAAAUAAGCCCUGGUAAGCAGCUGGGUGAGUCCAAUUACGCUA